AAAAUGGAACAGAAGCAUUGUCCAAGAAGUUGCGGCAUUGUUGCCAAAAGAUUUCUCACUGUCUGAAAAUUCUCCCGGAGGAAUGAUUUCAUAUCGACAGUCCAUCACUUCCAGUCUGUUUUUCAAAUUCUUCUUGACCGUCUCCAACUGGAUUGUGGAACUGGGGCUGAUGUCUGCGGCAGACCUCUACGACCAGAGGGACAUAUCCGCCGUGGAGAAUGUGGGUCGUCGUGACCGCGGUGAGGCCAAAACUGCUCAGUUGUAUCAAAUCGUUUCAAAGUCACAGAACGCUCAAGACUUGGUUGGCCGACCCGAUCGUGCAUCUCUCGGGGCUGAAGCAUGCCACCGGGGAGGCCGAGUACACCGACGACAUGGUCCCCGUUCAGGGAGAACUGUUUGGCUCACUUGUCCUCAGCACCGUCGCACACGGCAAGAUUCUCAGCAUUGAUACCACGGCUGCCCUCAAGCUCCCAGGCGUCGUUGAUUUCUUUGAUGCCAAAUCCAUUUCUCCGAAAAAUCAAGAGAUAUUUGCGGCCAACGAGGUGACGUGUGAAGGUGACAUUAUAGGUUUUAUCGUUGCCAUUGACCCAUUGAUUGCGGAAGCGGGUGCCAAGCUGGUGUCCAUCCAGUACGAAGUUCUUCCAGCCAUCGUUUCCAUUGAGCAGGCCAUCCAACAGGAGUCCUUCUUCAUAACGAGGACGUUGCGCAGUGGAAACAGUGACGUUGGCUCGGUCUUCUCCUCUUGCGACUGCUUGAUUGAGGGGGAGAUGCGACUCGGGGGACAGGAACAUUUCUACCUGGAGACACAGUCAUGCAUCGUGAGACAACACUCAGAUGGCGAUAUUGACGUCUACAGCGCCGCACAAGGGUUGGACCACGUGCAGUCUGGAGUGGCAGGCGCACUAGGUCUGAGCCACCACAAGGUCAAAGUUCAUUGUCGUCGAAUUGGUGGUGGAUUUGGGGGCAAGGAAACACGCAACGUGAUCGUUGCCAUUGUCACUGCUGUGGCAGCUCAAAAGUUGAACAAGGCCGUGAGAACUGUGAUGAAUCGCCAGGACGACAUGGUGGCGACAGGUGGGCGUCAUCCCUUCCACUGCAAGUACAAGGUGGGGUUCGGAAGGGACGGACGAAUUUCGGUGGUAAAAGCGACGCUCUAUUCGAAUGCGGGAAACUCUGUCAACGAUGGCUCUCGCACGGUCAUGGAACGCGCCUUGUUGUCCAUGGACGCAGCCUACACCAUUCCAAACUGGGAGCUGGUGGGCGUCGUCUGCAAAACGAACUUGGCAUCUAACACUGCGUUUCGUGGCUACGGGGGACCUCAGUCCGCAAUGUUUUGCGAGAAUAUUAUGGACGCUGUGGCGGAAACUUUGGGCAAGCCAACAGUCGAGAUUCGACGAAUGCACCUGAAGGUGGAGGGAGAUAGAACGCCGUGUGGAUGGCAACUUGAGAAUGUGACCCUCACAAAAUGUUGGUCAGAGUGUUUCAAAAACUCAGAAUACGAGGACCGGCUCAAAAAAGUGAACCAAUUCAACGAGGAGAAUCGUUGGAGGAAGCGUGGUCUUGCCAUCAUGCCAAUCAAACACGACGUGGGAUUUGGUGCGACCGUCUUGAACCAGGCUGGAGCUCUUGUCCUCGUUUACACGGACGGCUCGGUCUCUUUAAACUUUGGAGGAAUUGAAAUGGGCCAAGGGCUCGUCACCAAAAUGGUGCAGAUCGCAAGCAGGGUUCUGGAAGUCCCUGCGGACAAAAUCUGGUUCUCGGAAUGUUCCACAGACAAGGUUCCCAAUGCAACGGCCACUUGUGGGAGCAUGUCGUCCGACUUGAACGGAAUGGCAGUGAUUGAUGCAUGUGAAAAACUGCGGAAGCGGUUAAAGCCCUACAAAGACCUCAAUCCGGGUGGGAGUUGGGAGGACUGGGUCUCGGCAGCAUAUUUAAACCGCGUCUGUUUAUCUGCGACUGGAUUCUACGAGAUGGGCCACUUGAACUACGACUUUGACAACGCUGCGGCCAACGUGGGGAUGAGUCCCUCCAACUACCCCGUGUUUGGCGUGGCCUGUACGGAAGUAGAGCUUGACUGCCUCACCGGCUUUCACUCUCUUCUCCGCACGGACAUUGUGAUGGAUGCUGGAGAGAGUUUGAACCCGGCCGUGGACAUUGGUCAGAUUGAGGGAGCCUUCAUCCAGGGUUACGGCCUAUUUUGCAUGGAAGAGCUUCUCUACUCCCCCGAAGGUCUCAUGCUCACCAAGGGCCCAGGGUCCUACAAAAUCCCCACUGCGGGUGACAUCCCGAAAGAAUUCUACGUCUCCUUGCUACGCGGAAGUCCGAAUCCGAAAGCUGUUUACUCUUCCAAGGGCUUGGGCGAACCUCCGCUCGUCCUCUCAGCCUCCGCCUACUUUGCCAUCAAGGGAGCCAUCAAGGCGUUCAGGAUUGACCAGGGACACUCUUCCCUCUUCAGAUUGGAUUGUCCUGCGACGGUUGAACGAGUUCGGAACGCCUGUCCCAACUCCAGUCUGCUUCAAGAGAAGGAUGACGAGAGUCGUUGUGCGAACAAGUGUGAGGUGGGCGGCGUGUGGGCAGUUCGGGCUUAGCACUUUAUUACUGCAGAUUGCAAAACUCUGGCCAUUCACACAUUGGUUUACCAUGCAUUUUUUAACAUGUGAGAACACUUAAUAAAAUACUCUUUUAUGUUUGGUUAGUAUA